AUGGCCCUUCAGAAACCCCCUCUUAAACAGUUUUUCAAUGGAAAAGAAACACGGUCUUUCAGUUCCAUGAAGAUGAGCAAUGCCACCACCAUGGUCUUAGAAUUUAUACUUCAAUGUGCCAUUGAAUCAAACCAGAAGACCGUUACGAUUUGUGCUCUUGCAUUCAUCUACUUUGUAUGCAUGUUUGGAAAUCUACUGGUGAUUUUGGUAAUAACUCUCAAUCCUCAACUCUAUGCUCCAAUGUACCUCUACAUUGGCACCUUGGCAGUGAUCGACCUAGCAAACAGCUCAAUUCUCAUACCAAAGAUGCUCUCUGCCCUUCUGCUUGGCUCUUCAGUGGUGCCUUAUGCAGCCUGCAUGUUGCAGAUGUUUCUUAUGGCUCAUGUAGAGGAGAUGGAAUCGUAUCUCUUGGCCUUUAUGGCUUUUGAUCGAUAUGUAGCCAUUGUUUACCCUUUGCGGUACCCUUCAGCAAUUACAAAUAAAAAUGCUGCCAUUGGCGUCUUAGUAUCAAAUAUUUUUGGCAUAAUUUUCAAAUCAUAUAUCCUCAUUGCUGUUAGUGAACUUUCAUUUUGCGGUACCAAUAUUAUUCCUUUCUGUUUCUGUGAUUAUCCAACAGUAGUCCAUAUUUCAUGUUCUGAACAGCCAAAAUAUUUAUUGCCUAUGUCUGCUUCUGUCGUUGCCAGUGGGGUCUUCCCAUUAGUUUUAGUUCUUCUGUCCUACAGUCGGAUUGCUAUUGAAGCCCUUAGGAUAUCUUCAACAGGUUCAAAAAGAAUUCAGAAGGAGCCUCAAGCUGUACUGAUGAUUUUGUCAUCUGUGAAGGGAAACGCACCAGGACUAAAUUGGCUUACAGCUUGGGAAGAGAAGACGGACUAUGGUUAA